CUGUCCCUUUCCCGCUGUCAGCAAGCUCUCGUGCCUAAGGUGCUCGGUUCUUCUUCCGAAGCUAAGGCCCUCAAUCCGGCGACUAGCACCGUUUGUAUUAGGCAUCCGCCGCUACACGCAUAAAACCUACCCUCUGAAAUGGCCUCCGUGUCCGAGCUCGCCUGUAUUUACUCUGCUUUGAUCCUCCACGACGAUGAAGUCACCGUCACUGAGGACAAGCUGAACGCCCUGAUCAAGGCUGCAGGAGUCUCUGUGGAGCCCUUCUGGCCCAGUCUGUUCGCCAAGGCGCUGUCCAGCGUGGACAUCGGCCAGCUGAUCUGCAACGUCGGAGCUGGAGGUGGAGCUGCUCCUGCUGCUGCCGCCGGUGGAGCUGCUCCUGCAGCUGGUGGCGCACCAGCCAAGGAAGAGGCCAAGGAGGAAGCCAAGAAGGAGGAGUCUGAGGAGUCCGACGACGACAUGGGCUUCGGUCUCUUCGAGUGAAGAGUUUUCUUAGAAAAGAGAUUAAAAAAAAUACAAACAUCG